AUGGAGUCGAAGAAGCGUCCUCACGCUGAUGACGGAGAGCACUCGCGAUCCAAGAAGCGGGCGGUCUCGAACGAGAAUGACUCGCCUAGUCACCUGAACGGCGCGUCCACCUCUCAUGCUGACGAACCCAAGGACGACGACCCCAUCGAGCUGUUCCGCAAGGAGGCUAUCUUCAGACGCAUGAAGCACUAUUCACGCGAAGCGGAUAGGAAACAGGCACGAGUGCAAGAGUUAGAGAAGCAGAUCCAUACGUGUCGGGUGGGGGUGGCUGCCAUAGAGGCGUGCUGGACGCAGUUGCUGGGCACUAUCCGUACCCUUGUCAAGCCGGAGGACCUCCCUUCUCUUGAGAAAGAGUCGGAAGGCGAGUCGUUCUCCGGUAUUUACAACCUGGCUCUGCACCUCUCUUCCGACGGCGACGACGACAAAGACACCGUCACCGACCCCGAGUACAUCGAGGCCGUUCGCGACAAGAUGCACACCACAACAGAUAUUGUCAAGGCGUUCGUUGACCUCGCAUCCCAACGCCAGUCAGGUCCUUCUAACGAGGAUUUGUUGCGGCGAUGUCAAGCCGCAGACACCAAGUGUUCUGCCUUGCGGUCUGAACUAUCUCUAGUACAGUCCCAACUUCGGGAUUCGGAAGCACAGAGAGACGAAGUCCAUGAGAAACUCAUUUCAGCUGAGAUGCGAGCGGACCGUCUACAAUGCAGGCCUGCGUCACAGAAACUUGCCGUAGUGGGUGAAGAUCGUGGCGAGGGCACACCGGCGGAGGGCGGCUCCCCAGCACAGCCGCAAGCUGUCAAUGGAAAUCAUGGCACAGACCUGGAUACAUGGGAACAUAUUGCCACGUUACGCGAAACGAAGAUUCAAGAGCUUUCACGAGAGCGCCAAGCAUUGCAAGACCAGCUUCAGGACGCCCAAAUACAGGUAUCUCAAGAGUCCCCCGAGAACCUUGUAUCUGAGUCGAUGUAUUAUAAGGUUCUACUCGAGCGAGCAUCGAAGUUCGAACAUGAUGCGACAGAAGCACAAACUCAGGUCAUCGAAUUGAAGAAACAGUACGACGGCUUGUGUGCUCGGCACACAGACUUCGAACGUGGCUUGAAGUUUGCACAGGAUGCCUGUAUCGCAGAGAUGAAGACAUCGUUGGCGAAGCGAGAUUUAGAGGUGACACGUUUGCGCGAACAGCGAGACCAGUAUCAAGCAGAAAUCACCGAGCGGAAGGCGCGUGAGCAGGCCAGGCUCACGUCUGCGCAGGAGUUUAAAGCUCUCGCCGAAACGCGAGCCGAACGCAUAAUUGUCCUCCAGUCCGAGAUCAAGCGACUGAAGACGCGCCUCGCGGCGAACGCUGAUGAUGCGGACCUCGUGUCGUUCCUGUGGCAGAGCACUGCCGACGGUCCGUCCUACGUCGAAGACCUCAAGCGCCGGUUGACUGCUACCGAGGAGGAGAAGGCCGCACUCGAGAAGACGCUCGCCGAGCGCUCAGAUUCCUUGAAAGGUGAGGCCGACCUACGGAGACAGUUGGCUCAGGUCCAGAAGCAGUUGGAGAAGUACCAAGUCGUCUAUGGCGAUGCUUCAUCGAUGCCGCCUGAGACCGCACAGUUGUCGGCGCAACUGCAGCACAAGCAGAGUGAGGUUGAAAGGCUUCAGCUCCAGGAGAAGAAUCGCGAGCAGACCGAGUCCGCCCUCUACGAUGAACUGGACAAGCUCUCCUCCGCGUGGGAAGCUUUGGAUCGACAAGUGAAGAGCAAGGUACUUGAUCUGGCCGCGAUGGAAGAGCGUCUGAACAAACUCAACACGGAGCGAGCCAAAUCGGAAAACAAGUUCUAUCAAUGCAUGCGCGACAAGGAAGCUACUGAAACAGAGCGCAAGAAGCUGUCGGUCAACCUGGAGAAAGCAGCGAAGGCCAUCGAGAAGCUCACAGAUUCAGAGAAAAACCUCAUGUAUCGAGCUAUGGACCUUGAGAAAGAACUUUCACUAGUGAAGAAAGUUGUCGACACACUCAGGGAUAAGACCGCUACUCUCGAGAUGGAGUCCGCCGAAUGGAAGAUCCGUGCUCAAGGUGAACGCAAACAGGUCGAGGAGAUACGCGCAGCGUUUCAAGAGCACUCCCAAUCUGCCGAGCGGAAACGCGCAGAGCUCCGCAAGUUCGAGGAGAGCCUUCUGAAGUCGAAGAAGGAGGCCGACAAACAGACAGCGAAGCUGAAGUCCAUGUCGACGACGUCAGGAACGGACGCGCGAGAAGCAGAACUCCAAGAAGAGGUCACGAAGUGCAUGCUUUUGCUCAAGUGCUCCACGUGUCAGAUGAACAUGCGCAACACAGUGAUCACAAAAUGUCUGCACACUUUCUGUAGGGACUGCGUAGAUGCGCGGGUGGCGACGCGACAGCGCAAGUGUCCGGCUUGCAAUGUCGCCUUCUCCCAGGGCGAAGUUCAUACGUUGUUCUUCCAAUGA